AUGGCUAGUCCCUACUCUGCUGGCGGUCUUCCUGACCACGACGAUGUCAUCGCUGGAUCUAUAUUCAUUGCAGUCUUUGCCCUUGUUGGCAUUGGGCUCCACGUCCGACCAUUGCUCACCCACGGAUACCAAUUCUUCUGGACACUGGCUUUGCUCGCAUUCUGCGUCUUGCGUAUCCUAGCUAUUGGGACGCGCAUUGCACUCAAGAACGAUCUACACAACAAGGCAUUGGGAUGCAUCACUCAGAUUCUCCUCUCUGCUGGGGUCGCGAUUCUGCUUGUCGUGAAUAUUCAAAUGAGCAGGCGCUUCUUCUGUCAACUGCACCCCCGUCACUCCAAGGUGGUCAAGUAUGCUCUCACGGGCACAGCAUACAUGGUUGAUCCUCUCGUCGCCAUUGUCAUAUUCGCCAUCAUCCAAACUUAUGUUGCCACCGACCCACACGUGCUCUCAAUAGAUCGUGACAUUCGAAUCGUCUGUUCGAUCUUUUUCGUGGUUCUUGCUUUCCUUCCCAUCCCAGUGGUCAUACUCGUUCUCGUUCUUCGCAAGUUGGAACGCUCUCUCCCGUUGCUCAACGACGUGGAAGAAAAGGCGAGGCAUGCGCCAGUGCAGUCAUCUGCACCGUUUUCUGUCGAGAGCUCUCGGGCCGCUAGCGUCAAUGGCACGCUCACAGACAGACCUAUGUUGCCAAAACAAAAGGAGAAGACCGACGAAGCGUCACUCCAUUCCAACCCACACUGGCCAACAAGCGGUGUCGGUCCGACCCCAAUUAGCCUUGCAGGGAUCUUGGAGAACGCUGCGGUUAUUGUCGUUCCUGCCUGUCUCCUCACUUUGGAACAGGCCAUCCGCGUCGCUCAAAUCUAUUAUACACCGAAUCCAGGCAGUUUAGAUCUACCUUGGUAUAUGUCCAAGGCCGCCUUUUGGAUCCCUAUCUUCGGUAUUGAAAGCAUUGUCACCAUAAUUUGGGGUUUUGCCUCUCUUCCGUCUCGGUUCUCUCACUUGCCACCUCUGUUGUUGAUGCAACAGCUCGAGUUACCCGCCAUUACCAAUGUAGCCUAA